GAGGCGCUCAUAAAUCAUAUAAUCCAAUCCAUCUUCUUCUCUCCCUCUUUGCAGCAAUCAAUCAUGGCGGAGAAGCUCAGUGAUGGGAGCAGCAUCGCCUCCGUCAAUCCCCAACCCUCCAAGGGUUUCUCUUCUAAGCUCGUCGAUCUUCUCGAGAGACUUGUCGUCAAGCUCAUGCACGAUGCUUCUCUCCCUCUCCACUACCUCUCCGGCAACUUCGCUCCCGUGCGUGAUGAAACUCCUCCCGUCAAGGAUCUCCCCGUCCAUGGAUUUCUUCCCGAAUGCUUGAAUGGUGAAUUUGUGAGGGUUGGUCCAAAUCCCAAGUUUGAUCCUGUCGCUGGCUAUCACUGGUUUGAUGGAGAUGGGAUGAUACAUGGGGUCCGCAUCAAAGAUGGGAAAGCGACUUAUGUUUCUCGAUAUGUUAAGACAUCACGUCUUCAGCAGGAGGAGUAUUUCGGAGCUGCCAAAUUCAUGAAGAUUGGGGACCUUAAGGGGUUUUUCGGAUUGCUUAUGGUCAAUAUGCAACAGCUGAGAACGAAACUGAAUAUAUUGGACAGCUCUUAUGGAAUUGGAACUGCUAAUACGGCACUUGUAUAUCACCAUGGAAAACUUCUAGCAUUACAGGAAGCAGAUAAGCCAUAUGUCGUCAAAGUUUUGGAAGAUGGAGACCUGCAAACUCUUGGCAUGAUAGAUUAUGACAAGAGAUUGACCCACUCCUUCACUGCUCACCCAAAAGUUGACCCGGUUACGGGUGAAAUGUUUACAUUCGGCUAUUCGCAUACACCACCUUUUCUCACAUACAGAGUGAUCUCAAAAGAUGGCAUUAUGCAUGACCCAGUCCCAAUUACUAUAUCAGAGCCAGUCAUGAUGCAUGAUUUUGCUAUUACCGAGACUUAUGCAAUCUUCAUGGAUCUUCCUAUGCACUUCAGGCCAAAGGAAAUGGUGAAAGAGAAGAAAAUGAUAUAUUCAUUUGAUUCCACAAAAAAGGCUCGUUUUGGUGUUCUUCCCCGCUAUGCCAAGGAUGAACUCAUGAUUAGAUGGUUUGAGCUUCCCAACUGCUUUAUAUUCCACAACGCCAAUGCUUGGGAAGAAGAGGAUGAAGUCGUCCUCAUUACUUGUCGUCUUGAGAAUCCAGAUCUGGACAUGGUCAGCGGAAAAGUGAAAGAAAAACUUGAAAAUUUUAGCAAUGAACUGUACGAAAUGAGAUUCAACAUGAAAACGGGCUCAGCUUCUCAGAAAAAACUGUCGGCAUCUGCGGUUGAUUUCCCCAGAAUCAACGAGUGCUACACCGGCAAGAAACAGAGAUAUGUAUAUGGAACAAUUCUGGACAGUAUUGCAAAGGUCACAGGAAUUAUCAAGUUUGAUCUGCAUGCAGAAGCUGAGACAGGGAAAAAAAUGCUGGAAGUAGGAGGCAAUAUCAACGGAAUAUAUGAUCUGGGACAUGGCAGAUAUGGUUCAGAGGCUAUAUAUGUCCCGCGUGAGCCAGCAGAAGAAGACGACGGUUACUUGAUAUUCUUUGUUCAUGAUGAAAACACAGGGAAAUCAUGUGUGAAUGUGAUAGAUGCAAAAACAAUGUCGGCUGAACCUGUGGCAGUAGUGGAGCUGCCGCAUAGGGUCCCAUAUGGCUUCCAUGCCUUGUUUGUUACAGAGGAACAACUCCAGGAACAAACUCUUAUAUAACCCAUGCUGUGUGCAUACAUGCAUAAUACUUGAGAGACAGAUGCGUAAGUUAGGGUAAAACUGGGGGAAACUGGAUAAUACCAUUAUUACUGUUACGUACAUACUAUGGCUUUAUGUAUUCAUUCUACUGCAUCGUUUGCAUUUCAUCAUGAAUACAUUCUACUGCCUCGUUUCUCUUUACAUAAAUUUACAUUUCAUUCUCUAAUAUCAACAAGGUUUCUUCUAGCUUA